AUGAACGAGAUUUUUGCUCAUGCAAAAAGUAUUCUUGUUGUUUGGGUUGAUGAUGUAGAUUCAGAAAUCUUAGCUACUUUUCAAGAAACUUUACAAAACAAAGCACAGCAAGCACAUAUUGCAUUCGAAAAUGUACAAAAGUUAUUCGAAUCUCAACGCGGAACGUCAUCAUGUGAUAUUAUUCUAUUUGAUCUCGUUAGUAAAAAUGAUGCACCGACUAAUCUUGAUUUAUUAAAUGAAUUUUUCCGUUUACUUCAUCCAAAUGGUUAUCUCAUAACACAUGUGGAACAUUUGAAACAGAAACAGACUAUUGAUCAUUUUAAAAUGUGUGGAUUCAGUAGUUGUAAUCCAUUGGAUGCAAAUUCGUCAUUUUUAAUUGGAAAUAAAACGGAUGAUGUUAAACGACACGGCUCAUUAUGGUUAUGUCAAAAACCUUCGUUUGAUAUUGGUUAUUCAGUACCAUUACGUAAAACUGGUAUUAGUCUGGUAAGACAAGUAUCAACAACAGGUGGAGGCAAAAGAGUAUGGACACUUGAAGGUGAUGAUGAUGAUGAUGAUGAUGGUAUUAUUGAUACAGAUAAUUUACUUGAUGACAAUGAUCGAGGAAAACCUGAUGUUAAAAGCUAUACUUGUGGUACAACAUCGUCCGGUGUUCGAAAAGCCUGUAAAAAUUGUUCAUGUGGUUUAGCAGAAGAACUGGAACAAGAAGAACAUACACAAGCUCAACAAAAUAUUAAAUCUUCAUGUGGAAAUUGCUAUUUGGGUGAUGCUUUUCGGUGUGCUGGCUGUCCUUCGCGUGGUUUGCCACCAUUCAAACCUGGUGAACGUAUUAUUUUACCAACAGUAUCCGAUGUUUGA